GCAUAAAGUAAAAUAAAAUAAAAUAAAGAAAGAAUGAAGAUCACUAUGUAUCACACACUCAGCACAUACUCAAGCUAGGUGCUUGUCCGGUGUAAGUUUACAUAAAUAUAUUACAGUUUUUGCCUUUUCUGUCCAAAACCAAAUCUCAAUUUUCCAUUUCCCAUUCUCAGAAAAUUCAUCAAACCCUAGAAAAUAUUUAAUUUCCCGAAAUUUCAAAAAUUUCCGCUUCUGUAUACUACGAUGGCGGAGGAGAAUGGUGGUAGCGGUAGUUUUGGACGUGUUGGUAGCGGUAGUUUUGGAGGAGGAUCGGAUAUAAACGGGAGAUUGGCGUCUAUGGACUCCGUCGAGUCGCGGUGGGUGUUCCAAGAUGAUGACGAUUCAGUUAUGGAUGAUGACGAUGAUGAAGAUGAGGAGGAGGGAGAUGCAGCUCAACACCGCACUGCUGUGGAUUCCGACGAAGAGGAUGAUAAUAAUGAGCAGCGUUUGAUCCGCACUGGUCCUCGCAUAGACUCUUUUGACGUUGAAGCCCUCGAGAUCCCCGGCGCCCAGCGUAACGACUACGAGGACUUCAGUAUGGGAAGGAAAAUUAUGCUAGCUUUUCAGACUCUUGGUAUUGUUUUUGGUGAUGUUGGAACAAGUCCAUUAUAUGCCUUUGAUGUGAUGUUUACCAAGGCACCUAUCAACGCAGAAGAAGACGUUCUUGGUGCAUUAUCGCUGGUCCUCUAUACCUUAAUCCUGAUUCCCCUUAUCAAAUAUGUACUUGUUGUCCUUUGGGCCAAUGAUGAUGGUGAAGGUGGCACUUUUGCCUUGUACUCGCUUAUUUGCAGGCAUGCCAAGGUCAGUCUUCUUCCAAAUCAACUUCCUUCAGAUGCCCGUAUAUCAAGCUUCAGGCUCAAGGUGCCAUCACCUGAACUUGAGAGAUCAUUGAAAAUCAAGGAAAGACUUGAAAAUUCACAGACUCUGAAAAAGAUGCUUCUGAUAUUAGUGCUUGCUGGUACAUCUAUGGUUAUAGCUGAUGGGGUUAUUACGCCAGCAAUGUCAGUAUUGUCAGCUGUUGGUGGUCUAAAAGUUGGUGUGACUGCAAUUAAACAUGAGCAAGUGGUGAUGAUUUCAGUUGCCUUUCUUGUAAUUUUGUUCAGUGUACAGAAGUUUGGAACAAGUAAAGUGGGACUUGCUGUGGGCCCUGCUUUGUUUAUAUGGUUUUGUUUUCUUGCGAGCAUGGGGAUAUACAACCUUAUUAAGUAUGACAGCAGUGUUGUGAGGGCAUUUAACCCUGUUCAUAUCUAUUACUUCUUCAAGCGGAAUUCUACCAAGGCUUGGCGUGCUCUUGGAGGUUGCCUUCUUUGUGCAACAGGUUCUGAGGCAAUGUUCGCAGAUCUUUGUUACUUCUCUGUGAGAUCAAUUCAGCUUACAUUUGUAUUUCUCGUUUUUCCCUGCCUCUUGUUGGGUUAUUUGGGUCAAGCUGCAUACCUUAUGGAAAAUCAUACUGAAGAUGUGGCCGAACAAGUGUUCUUUUCAUCAGUUCCAAGUGCUGCUUUCUGGCCUGUUUUCUUUAUUGCUAAUAUAGCUGCAUUGAUUGCCAGUCGGGCAAUGACAACAGCCACUUUUUCAUGUAUAAAACAGUCAACAGCACUUGGUUGUUUCCCGCGUCUUAAAAUCAUCCAUACGUCUCGAAAAUUCAUGGGUCAGAUUUAUAUUCCUGUCAUAAACUGGUUUUUGCUAGUAGUCUGCGUGGCAUUCAUCUGCUCUAUCUCUAGUAUUACCGAGAUGGGAAAUGCAUAUGGAAUUGCUGAGCUGGUGGUGAUGAUGAUGACAACAAUUUUAGUAACUAUUGUUAUGCUUCUUAUAUGGCAGAUAAACAUCAUUGUCGUCCUGAGUUUUGUGGUUAUUUUCUUGGGGAUGGAAAUGACCUUUUUCUCAUCAGUUUUAGCAGGUGUUGGGGAUGGUAGUUGGAUAAUAUUAGUUUUUGCUGCAAUUAUGUUUCUUAUAAUGUACAUCUGGAACUAUGGGAGUAAAUUGAAGUAUGAAACUGAAGUUAAGCAAAAGAUGUCUAUGGAUUUAAUGCGGGAAUUAGGCCCCAAUCUAGGGACAAUACGGGCCCCAGGCAUUGGCUUGCUUUAUAAUGAGCUGGUAAAGGGUAUACCUGCAAUUUUUGGCCAUUUUCUGACCACUCUCCCAGCAAUUCACUCCAUGAUCAUAUUUGUGUGUAUAAAGUAUGUUCCAGUGCCAGUAGUGCCUCAGAGUGAAAGGUUCCUUUUCCGGCGAGUCUGCCCUAAGAGCUACCAUAUAUUUCGCUGCAUUGCCAGGUAUGGCUACAAGGAUGCCCGUAAAGAAAAUCACCAGACAUUUGAACAGCUUCUAAUUGAGAGCCUUGAGAAGUUCAUUCGCCGGGAAGCCCAGGAACGGUCAUUGGAGAGUGAUGGGGAUGAUGAUACGGACAGUGAGGAAGAGUCGUUGAGUACAAGGGUCCUAGUAGCUCCCAAUGGAAGUGUUUACUCACUUGGUAUACCUCUCCUAGCCGAGUUCAGGGACACAAGCAAGCCCAUUAGUGAAGCAAGCACCUCUGAAGAGGUGCAUCUAGGGGCUUUUGCAGACCCAACGAUGUCUGAUGCAGAACACGGCCUUGAAAGGGAGCUUUCUUUUAUUCGCAAGGCUAAAGAGUCCGGGGUCGUUUAUCUUCUUGGUCAUGGAGAUAUUAGAGCGAGGAAGGAUUCGUGGUUUAUAAAGAAGCUAGUCAUAAACUACUUCUAUGCUUUUCUUAGAAAGAACUGCAGAAGAGGGAUAGCAAAUUUGAGCGUUCCUCAUUCGCAUCUCAUGCAGGUUGGAAUGACAUACAUGGUUUGACAAUAUUGAUUUGGUACAAAAUAAGGCAAGUCCUAAUUAAUUACUUUUGACACCACAAAAAUUUGAUGCGUCGACUGCUGUUAAUCGGGAAAGUUGCAUCCAUGGGUUCACACAAUGUAUAAUGUCAAUUUCUUGACGUGAGAGAUGCAUGUGGUGUGUACAAAUGCUUACACCAUUAGAGAAUUGACUAUUGAAUCAGCAAGUUUUGUAGUCUUCAUUUUGACUGCCUUUUAACCAAAUGCAUUGGUUUUACUCUUGUUACGGAUGCAUAUCCAAUUAAUCCUUGUAAUUAACAUUUCAAAGUGAUGUGAAUGUGAUUAAUUUAUCAUAAACAAGUUAUGCUUCGAAA